UGCUUGAGUCAACCCAGACUGAACCCAAACUCAUUGCAGCGCAAAUCUGGAAUGUGUAUUCCGAAGCCACGUCUACGUACAAUUGAUCAGUUUCAUCGCUUAGAGGAUAUUUUUGCACCACAUCCACCAUUUGAUAUGUUAACGAGAGUAGGACUUGCCCUUUGGGCACCUAAUCUGUGACUCUGUCCACGAAAUGGUUCAGUUUUUUCGGUGCUGACGUAACUCUGGUACGUGUUCGGCGCAUAUUGGAGUGCUAUUAUUUUUCCUGAUUCGACCCUUCGUUUUGUUAAAGUGCAAGCAACAUAUUGUGUUCCCAUCUCCAGAAUUGGGCGUUCGCUCAAGUCGACACAACUCGUUAAAUCCCCCAGUCCCUUUUCCCCUCGUCAUCGGUUCCAUCCAGAAAAGAUAGUAAGGAGGGGGAAUGUACAAAAGUGAGAACACGAAGAAAGCAAGAAGUGCCCACUAGUUAAGCUGGGGAAGAAAGACGAAAAAAGCACUCCGAGAUAUCAGGACCCAUUUAUUCGUUAGCGGGAACAUUUUCUCGCUCACUUAGAAGGAUGGACUGACUCUCUGUAGUCUGGGCUGAAAGAGCGUUGAGAGGUCGUCUUAGCUGUUUGAGUCUUCUCAGUGUGAAGGAUCGUUGCAAAGGCUCUUUUCUGGUUGGAUCAAAUCGAUUCUGAAAGCAGUAAAAAGUGGCCGCGAGACAAGCAACAAGUGGUGUUCCCGCGAGCCAAAGUGAUUCUUGGUGACUGCAUUCUUGACUCACGUUCCAAGUCGAGAACAUGAACGUGGAUAGUAUACUCAACUAUGAACGGGAUCCUAGUGAGGAUUUCUAUAAAUUACUGGGAUGUGAUCGCUCCUCUACUCAAGAACAAAUCAUCACCGAAUUCAAGACUCGGGCCAAGAAAUGUCAUCCGGAUAAGGCACGGAUCAACAACCCAAACGAUCCGGAUGCUUUGAAUGAGGAAAAACUACCCGGGAAAACGGAUGAGUUUCAGCUCCUUCACCAGGCCAAGUCGGUUUUAACCAAUCCCGAGGAACGACGCAAAUACGAUAAAUGGCUCGAUUCCGGACUAUCCAUGAGUUACAAACAAUGGAAGGGGAUGCGAGAAUCUGUUCACACGUCAAUGCAUUGGGCCACGCCCAAAACGACCGGGCGAAUGUUGGAGGAUCCUGCCUUAAGGGAAGAUCAGGACGAAGAAGAAGAAGAAGAAAUUGACAUCGAGUUGAAGGGUAAAAGUUCCAUAACCGAGGAUGAAGACGGAGAUCCUAGUGAAAUGCCCUCUCUUCCAAGGUCAGUAUCCAAGCCUCCAUUGAAAAGGACUUUGGCCAAAGCCACUUCUGUUGAUGGCGAACCUGAUGAUGAAGUCUACUAUUCACCUACCGACGUCAAUGCCAUGGGUUUGAAGGUCAACCCGCCACCCAAAGAUUGGGGCUGGGAUGAUCCGGGUUGGUUCGAGAAGAACUUGAAGAAUGCCUUGCCCAAGCCUCCGGUCUCAGUCUCAGCCAACCAGACUUCUGGGAAUGGAACGACACCCAAAACCAUUCGAGGUGUCACCGAAAGACUUCUCGAAGAUCGGAGACAGCAAUUCGCCGAUGGUCGACAAGAUUCCUCGGUCAGUUCGGUGGUGAUCAUGGGGCGAGUAUCGGAUAUGGAGAUGCGACGAAAAUUCCGAAAUUUCGAGAUCUAGAUCGACGUUCCAUUUCAACGUUUUUCUUAGUGCAAUAGGCAGAUGAGUAGUGAAUGAGUGCUUUCGAAUUUCUCUUUGUCAUUGAUUGUCAUAUCAUAGUAGUAGUCCUUACUCUAGUAGGAAUGGUACUCAUUUGAAAGCCAUUUUCUUGCCAACAAACGGUCCUUCUUUUCCAAGUUAUGACGUACGGUAAUGCAAGGAGUUAAUGAGAUAAUCGGCCCAAUUGAUAAUUGGCUACUGAAUGAACCUUUCAUCAGGCGGCAUCACCGACGGUGACACAAAAAGUGAACCUUGAGACCAAGGUCACAAUAACUUUCAAAGUCUUGAAACCAUUUGAUUUGUCAUUCAUCUUGGUUAAUAUUCAAUGCGAUUGUAACUCCUUCAUGCGUCUGUUUGUCACAUUAUUGUUUAGUGUCCUUGUUCCAUCAAAUGUUCCUACAAGCUUUCAAUGCCCAGUGAAGAGGCUUUCAAGCGAUUGAAAACUAACAAACGUUCUGUACAUUCAUUCCCAUUUACAUAAUAGAAAUAGACGUGUUUAUGUCGCAGUUUCAAAACA